AUGAACGUGCUGGAGGUGAACAAGACUGACUAUGAGAGCUGCAAUGCCGACCACCCGCUCAAGAACUGGACUAGAGGUGCUGGAAGAGAUGUGGUUCCACUCAACGUGACUCGUCACUACUACUUCAUCAGCGGGAAAGGGUUCUGCUACGGAGGCAUGAAGCUUGCCGUUCGUGUCGAGAACCUGCCUCCUCCACCAAAGGCUUCACCCGUCAAGAGUGAUGCUCCUUCCUCCAUUCUCAACCGGCCCUAUGUUCUGCCUGCUGUUUUCGCCAUUGGGGCGAUGUGGGAUGCUUUUGUCCACCUCUGGUAG